GUGCAGCGUCAGUUAAUAUGUGCAAUCGGAUGUGCGCGUACGUGCAACGGUUGGCACUGCUCGGGUUCUGCAUCGUGGCAUUCAGCGUGUUCUGGUGGUGCUUCUUCUGCAGCAUCUACAUCGUAAUGUUUGGCGAUGCGCUAACGGCCACAACCACUGGUGGAUCGGCAACCGAUCGCGGCAAUGCACAGCACUCUGCCCGGGUUGGCAUGAUGGCCAGCUCCGACGAUGGUCACUUCGGUUCGUCGUGGGCUUAAGUGAGUGUGUGAUCAAGUGUUUUGACGGUAAGGGCAACACGGCACGAAUCGGUCAAAAAAAAAACGAGAAAACCCCAGGAAACGCAUCACACGGAACGAGAUAAGCAUCAAACGGUCUGACGCGACAAGUGCCAAAAAGUGUUGAAUGUUUUGUGAGCAGAAGGUAGAAGGAAUAAAAACAGCUUCACGAUUCGCUGGUUGAUCUCCACUGCCUUUUUGUUUCUCGUUCAAAAGCAUUUGCCAAAAAAAAAAAAAACAGAAGAACGAGAACAGAAAAAAAGAUCAAACGAACGCACGGAAGACCAAAGCGUGCGGGCAAAUGAAGUUAUUAGGAGGAAAAUAAUAAUCAUCGUCGCGGUUUCCGGCGCCAGCGUAAGGAAUGUGUUUGGCCGGCCAGUUUUUGGAACGAAUUAAUGUGAGUGUGAUGGUUUUUGUUUUUGUGUUGUGUUACGUUAUCAGUGAAUGAGGUGCCAUCCGUUGUUAGUUGGCCGUUUUCUAUGCAUGACUAAGUCACUGAGGUACAUGUGUUUACAAGCAAAUUGUUGGUGAUUUACCUUGUGUUGGUGAUUGUAAAAAAAUGAAAGUGAGAUUUUGCUGCUGUUAAGGUGGUUUUAGUAAGUGGCAUGUUUUGUAAAGAGGCUAGACUUGUAGAAGAAUAACGAUAUUAACGAUAAAAAUAAAUUUGUGUUGUAUAAUUAAACGCCGAAGUACACCAAACAUGACAAUUAAACAAGCUAACAGAAGGAAAUUGUGAACUAGACAUCUGCAAGAUCAAUAAAAAUGAAGGAUGUUUACACGCACGAGCAGCCGCAUUGAGCAACAUGAUACCAAGGUUGCAUUUCAUACACCAAAACACAUCUUCAGCUCUUCGAUCGAAGGCGCCCGAUUGGGUGGUGCCGCAAGCAACGCACUGAAACAAGUCAAUUCUCUAAGCGCUUGGAGCUUAGAAGUGGAAAAUAUUUCGAUGAUCGACGACGAAAUGCAGGUGAUCGAUACGAUCGAUCAGAGCUACUGGAAUGGAAAGUUUGUACCACCUCCACCGAGACCACCAUUUCUAGAGGAAUCCAUUGCACCGGACGGUUUGACCACCUGUGACCUGUGUUCAUGGGCUUGGCAGGACAAGGGUACACUAUCACUGGAUGGGGCGAUAAAGGAAAUUUUCUCAUCUUCAGACACGAAGGAAUUUAAUUGGACGUUUGCGCUGAUAGUAGUUUCGCUAACAUCGGCUUUUCUCGGUGCCAUAAUAAUGAUAGUAUUUCUUAGAUGUAAAAGAAUUCGAACGAACCAGCAUGGACUUCGCACAUUGUGUUUCGAUUCCAGUAGUACAAAGGAUACCAGUGGGUUGAAUUUCGAUAAUCAAACAUCGAAAAACUCAACCAAUGGGUCAUGUAGCCCUCGUAGUACAAAUUCCGGCCUGUGGACAUGGUUUAGCAGUCGCAAGAAUCUUUCGACGCCGGAUCAGCUGGUAAACUCCCACACGCUGCCAGUGGAGAACCAUUACACGCACAUGGAUGACAAUAAUUACAAUCCGGUGCAGAUCGAUGAAGCGUCCUACGCGGAAGUGGGAAACGAAAUAGGUCCCUCAGAAACUACCUCCUAUAAAUCAGGCUCCGUACAACAUGGUACAGACAACGACAUUCUAAUAAUGAAUUGCCCACUGCCAGCAAUACCGACCGGCUCCCAUAGCGCUAGCGGCGGCGGUGCUAGUGGAUCCGGCAGUGCGUACUAUUCCGGUUUGCUCAACAAUGCCAACAUGGCUGGCGGUGAGGAUGAAGAUGAGCGUCCGUACGAGAUUGUCGAUUUAAAGGAGAUGUCAUCGCCCCACAAAAAUCAUAACGUCCAAAGCCACUUCUUGAAUGAAACGAACAACUUGCUGACGAUCGAGAAACAUUCCGAAACGCUACCGGAAGGGACGAUCAGUGCAUCAGACUAUGUUUGAUAGCUAUAGGGGUUGUCAACUGUUUUACAGCAGCUUUUGGGUACAAACUGACACAAGAAACAUUCCAAUCUGAAAUGAAAAAGAGUUCAUGAUCAACACAUAAAGGCUUUGAAAAGUUUGAAAACGUUUGAAAUGUCUGAAGUGUGUCUAUGCAAUUGUAUUUAUUGAAUCAUUUUCGACCAACAAUCCAAAUACUCAUUUCAAGCUAGGUGAAAUACUUUUUUUGCAAAUGCAGUUUACUCAUAACGUUUUAGUAGUAAGAUAAUUCUGAUUACAUUCUAACGUUUAAUGGUACAUUUAAUGAAAUCUUCGAUUGCGCUAGAACCUUUUACGCCAACAAGAGUAACGAGUCAUUUAACGUAGUGAAGUGAACAAAUUAGUGUCUAUCACUUAACAUUACAUUUCAUACGGUAGUGCGAUAGAUCGCGAUAGAUUACAAUUUAUCAAAACCAGACUGUCCACGUUUUAUGUGUGCCCGUGUGCCUAUUAGUAAGUGUGUGUUUUUGUAUGUGUGUUUCAUCCCCAGAAGUAGCCUUAGUCGUACAGUACGUGAGCGAUUGAUCAACGAUAACCAGUGUAGCGCAAAAUUACGCAACAAGCAAACAAACAAAAAAAUUGAAUUUAUUCAAAUAAAUAUCAAAAUAACAUUAGCAAAGUGAAACACCUUCCCUGCCCGAAACGUACCUUUAGCUUGUAAACAGAGGGAGGUUUUUUUUCUCUUGUACAAGAACUAGUCGUAAGUGUUAGUGCAGUGUGGGUUUUGGGCCAUUGGAAGUCAAAAUUCGUACAAUUUUACAACAGCAAUUUGCAUGGGAGCAUUUAAUUAAUACACGGUAAAGUUGAACACACUAACGUAGAAAACCCCAUUUAUGCAAUUUAGCAGAAAUAAUACAGUUUCAUGUAAAAGACGAUUUAGCGCCAUAGUGGAAGGACUUUUGUAAACAGUUUUAUCAAACACGGCAUCAAGUUUUGAUGCGAAAUUUACACCGAAAAUAAAUACUCCUGAGAGGUUCUUUUAA